CUAAAAAAUGCUUCUUCCGAGACAUUGAUUUUUCAAGUUCUUUGGGGUACACGGAGGGAGAAAUGGCAUCAGCUGUUUUUGGGCUCGCGAGUUUGUAGUUGUGUAAUUUUAGGCUUAGUAGAAAAGUCAUGAGAUUUAUGUUUAAGGAUGAGCUACAACAACAUAAGGACAUUAACAGGGACGUGUGAACGAUGUCACAGUACUUUGCAGUCGGUAGCAGAGCUUUUGAUCCUGUCGUGUGAUGCUAGGCCCAUUAGAACUGAUACCAUAUCCAGCAAGUCAACGUUUGUGCAGGUAAGCGAAAGAAUUAUCGCCAGCGCCAAAACGAUUAAGACGUUGAUGAAAAGCGUUAUUAAUUAUGUUCACAUGAUCACCACGAAAUCGGUGGAGAUCUGCGAAGGCUUGACUGAGCUCACUUCGACUGUGGUAACUUUCAUGGAACUGUGUAGUCAUGUUUCUUACAUUUGUGCAAUAUCUUUUAAAGACUGUUGUCAAGCAAUCCCAGGACUUGUCGAUCGGUAUUCUAUAUCCUUAGCCGGCUUAGAGAUAAAGUUAAGCUGCAAUCGGCUAAAAAAGACCCGAGUGGACGACCUAUCUCCGCAGCUAAUCAUCGACCUGUGUUCAAACAUUUCUAAACACAUAUCGGUACUAACGAAUAUAUGCAAGUCUGCCGACGAAAAGGUACGUGAUGAAGGAACAAGAGACCAGUUCAAACUGUGCGUCAAAAGCGUGACUUGUGCCGCAGGAUGUCUAAUCGCCAGUAUUAAAACAUACAAAUCUCACCCCAGCACCAGGUAUCAUGCUCGCUUCAUCAACUUCUGUGACCCAGUUUCCACCACUGCCCAAGCUCUUGUCACCUUCGCCACGGAGGAAGACUUCGUCGGCAAAGAGGCUGUGUUGUCUCCCGAAGCAAGGGAUGUACAGAAGUCGAUUCUUGCGGCCUGUAUGAGCAUCGUCUCUGCCUGUAUCCAGCUGUGUCGCACGGUUCGUGAACUUUCCUAUGACCUCAUGACCUCACAUCACAAGGACAAACUGCGCAUGUGCAUGGACAAUGUUGACCGUUCUUCCGUCCAAAUCCACGAGAUUCUGCAGCGAUAUCACGAAAGUGAACAAUCCUCUCACCUAAACUCCACUCACUCUAGUGACAAGGGAAGUAACUGUGAUAAUAAUUCUACGUCUGCCAAGGGAAAUAACUCUCCACCCCGCCACUUGGCCAAUUUAUUUCGGGAAGAGUUUCCGGAACACGGCAAAUCUCCCGAGAGCCCCCCACACGAAAAAUUCACUCAGCUUUUACGUGAACAAUCUCCUUUGGCUAGCAGCAAUAGUGGGGAUUUGCGUCAAAGUGAACAAAAUUCUGGAAAUGUGGAUGGGUAUUCUGAGCGAGGGACUCGUGACAGUCCAGAGGAGAUGACGAUUCCAGGUAGUCCAUCCUCGGAAACUUCGGGACAUUCAGCGGCAUCAAGAUAAUCAAUGUACCUUAUGUACUGACGGUAGAAAAACUAGUUUAUUUACCUUGAUUUGCUCCAGGAAAAAAAAGUAGGUUAUGAAUAUUUAUUAACAUGAACAUUAUUACUGUAAGAAAUACAAUUUUACAUGUGUAUGUUCUUUAUAGAAUAUAUAUUUAUUAGGAAAAACCACGCAACUUUAGUCACUUGAAAAAUCAAAUUGAUAUACUCCUCCUAGUCAUGAUCAUUUAAAAACAGGUUUAUUUUUUAACUGUUAGUCAUUUGUAUAGGAAAAAAGUUACCUUUGUGUAAAUCACUCUCAUAUUGAUUUAUGAAUGAAGUGUAGAUGUACUGUUAUAAUGUUGGUAGUAUUUGUUGAUGCAUGAAGUUUCUGUAUGGUAGUUGAUAAUGUCACCACAGUUAUUAUAGUAAAAAGCCUCAAUACCAUCUA